AUGUCGUCACUAAGAUUAAACCUUAUCUGUCGCCAUCUCGGACAAAACACCACUGACCAAUUUUCUAAGUCUAACUUAAAGACUCCUUAUGUCCAAGACCCAAUUGAUUUUCUCCACUUAGACGAGCUACUGCCUGCAGAUCUUAACAAUAAAAGGAAACAACUUAGAGCGGCAUUAGAAGCUAAUAUAGCCCCACACGUAUCUGAAUGGUAUGAUAAGGCUCAAUUUCCUGCAGGACUUGCCGAAAAGCUUAGACCUCUCAACAUUUUUGGAAUUACAGAAGAAAAAUACGGCUGUCGUAAAGUAUGCCCACUUGAAAAAUCCUUACUCCCCCAUCCUUGAUCGAACGACUCGCCAUCGUUCGAUCAAGGAUGGGGGCUAAAAAAAAAUUUUUUCCCAAAAAAAAUUAUAUAUAUAUAUAUAUAUAUUUUUUAUUUACUUUUAAAUAAGAAGGUUAAGAGUAUUUAAUAAUUAUUUUACAGCAAAAAAUUGAAUUAAUUUCAUAAAAUACCAAUUUUUAAUAUUUUGAUUUAUUAGUUACCCUUUUAAACUGUGUAAAUUUAAAAUUUGUUCCUUAUUUAAUUAAAAAUUUUUUUUUUAAUUUUAGAGAAAUCUCUAUUUUUUUAGAUUAUUGAGUUUUUAAGCCUAGGUUGAUGACUAAAUCACUUCGAAUGGUUGAUUUCACAGCUUUCUGUCGUCUCAAAGCCUCUGAAAACAACUUCAUUAUGUACAUCUUCCCAAGCUUUUGAUAACUAAUAUAUUUUUAUAUAUAUAAAAAAUUGUCAUGAUAUGAAAAUCGUUCGAUCAAGGAUGGGGGUUAAUUACCCAAUUUUUAGGAAUUUUUACAGUCAAUCGUUCGAUCAAGGAUGGGGGGAGUUAGCUAUAUACGAGUUAGCCAGAAUUGAUGCCUCAUUAGCUACUUUCUAUGCCCUUACUCUCAGUCUAGUAGCCUUUACAAUAGAAAAACUCGGCAGUGAGGAGCAAAAAGCUAAAUAUCUGCCUAAAUUGUGCAAUCUUGACAUUAUUGCAAGCUGGGGUUUAACCGAACCUGAUUAUGGCUCAGAUGCUUCCUCUCUUGAAACUACCGCAACCCCAGUCAAAGGUGGCUACAUUCUUAACGGCGUCAAAAGAUGGCUUGGUAAUGCAAUAAUCUCCGACAUCAUGAUCAUUUUUGCCAGAAAUACAGUCACCCAGAAUAUUGAAGGCUUUAUAAUGGACAGCAAAGCAAAAGGAGUUUCAGUCACCAACAUCAAUAGAAAACUUGCUUUAAGAAUAGUCCAAAAUGGCAAUGUAUUUAUGAAAGACGUCUUUAUCCCAGAAAACGAAAGAUUAGAAAAAGGCCAUACCUUUGCAACAGGCGCCAAUGUUGUGUUGGAGCAUUCAAGAAUGAAUUUGUCUUGGAUGGUUGCUGGGCUUAUUGCUGGAACCUAUGAGCACGCUGUGAAAUAUAUCAGAGAAAGAACCCAGUUUAGGGCUCCUUUAGCAGCUUUUCAGCUUAAUCAAGAAAAAUUGGUCAGGAUUUUAGCUAUUUAUCAAGCUGUAUUUUUGAUGUCAUGGAGGACUACUAUGCUUUUGGUGAAAGGACAAGGAAAUGUAGCCCAAGCGUCGCUGGUAAAAGGAUGGUGCUCAUAUAUGGGAAGAGAAGCCACAAGGCUUGGUAGAGAAGUGAUGGGCGGAAACGGAAUUAUUAUUGAUAAUUAUGCUAUGAAAGCACUAGUAGAUAUGGAAGUGGUUUAUACUUAUGAAGGGACUUAUGACGUGAACGCUUUGGUCGCUGGAAGAGCUGCCACAGGAGUUGCAGCAUUUAAAGCAGGUUAUAAGGCUUAA